CAAUGAUCUUUUUCGUUUAUUUGUUAGUUCGAAAUCAAGUUUCAUCUUGAAAUCCGUAUAAAUAAGUUUUAUCAACACAAUUUUUUCGUACUCUUAUCACCCCUUCCGAACAUAAAUAUCUAGUCUUUUAUUGGUUAGCCAAACAGAGUCUUAUCCUAGCUCAGUAGUUCGUCAAACAGAGUGUUUUUCAUUUUCACUACUUCAAAUUUGGAGCCAAACGGAGUUUUCACAUUAUCUUCAUCCUUUAUCUUUUUUUUUUUUUCCUUUUUUUUAUUGAAUUGAUUUAAAUAUGUAGUUUUAUUGGUUAGCCAAACAGAGUCUUAUCCUAGCUCAGUAGUCGUGCUUGAACUGCUUUUAUUAUUUUAUAUUUUGCUUAUUUUUGUGCGCGUGCAUGCGCACCGAUCGUGAUGCGCGUGCACUGGAUCAUGUAUGUGCUUACAUAAGCAUGAUGUAUGAAAGUAUAUAUAUGUAUUGAAUGGAUGUUAAAUGUAUAUAUCAUGUAUUUGUGCAAUCACUUACGUAUGUGUCAUGAUGUCGAUUUCAGAGGGCUUAUCCGAUGUAGUUGGAAGCCAGGUGUGCAGCAAUGGAGUUUGGCAUGCUGAAUUGCUUCCAUCUAUCAAUGAUGAACAUGGAGGAGUCAUCGUGGAAAUGAAGGAGCAUGUGGACUCUGACACCUUUGUUACUUUGCUCAGAGCUUCCAUAUUGCAUUGGAGGCAACAGGGUAAAAAGGGAGUCUGGAUAAAAUUGCCUAUUGGGCUUGUACAUCUAGUUGAAACUGCAGUGAAGGAGGGGUUUAGAUACCACCAUGCUGAACCAAGUUACCUCAUGCUCGUUUUUUGGAUUCCUGAGACACCUAACACUAUCCCUGCAAAUGCAACACACCGAGUAGGCAUUGGAGCUAUUAUCUUGAAUCAUAAAAGAGAGGUGCUUGUAGUUCAGGAAAAGAGUGGUCCUUUUCGAGGAACGGGCAUAUGGAAAGUUCCUACUGGGGUUGUUGAAGAGGGCGAGGAUAUUUUCAUGGCAGCUAUAAGAGAAGUAAAAGAAGAGACAGGAAUUGACACAGAAUUUGUGGAGGUCCUAGGAUUCAGGCAAUCACACAGGACAUUCUUCGAGAAGUCAGAUCUAUUUUUCAUAUGCAUGUUGCGUCCACUAUCCUUUGACAUUCAGGAGCAAGAGUUGGAAAUUGAGGCAGCCCAGUGGAUGCCUUAUGAAGAAUAUGCAGCUCAACCUUUCGCCCAGAAGCAUGAGCUUUUCUUACACAUUAAUGAAUUAUGCUUAGCAAAGGUAGACAGAAGCUAUGCUGGGUUUUCUCCGCAGCCUACAAUAUCAAUUUUCAGUGACCAACCAUCUUCCCUUUAUUUUAACAAGCGGGAUCUGGACAAGUCAAGACUACAGAUCAUAUGUCUGAAUGCGGACAAUGAAUGGGAACAGCAUCUGAAUAUGCCCAAUUUAGACAUAGCUUUGCUACAAGAAAUAAUUAUACGAGGUAAUUUUAGCAUCUUUUCCCUUUGGGAUCAAAUUUGCUUACAUUUGGAUUGUUGCAAAAAUUUAUGUAUUACUAUAGUCAAUAUAUGUUGACAUGAAUAACACAAUAGUGUUUUGUAUUACAUUUUUUAGAUGUGCCUACCUUUGAUGGUCUUUUUAAAUAAUUUAUGCUGAAAAUCAUCGUCUAAUAACUAAUA